AUGCAGAAUUACACUUCCGUGACUGAGUUCAUCCUGUUGGGAAUUCCUAAUACUGAAAGGUUGGAGAUCAUGCUCUUUGUCCUGUUCUUCACCUUCUACCUCUUCACCUUGCUGGGGAACCUGCUCAUCUUCCUCACUAUUUUGGUUUCCUCCACCCUCCACACCCCCAUGUAUUUCUUCCUGGGAAACUUGUCGGUAUUUGACAUACUUUUCCCUUCAGUGAGUUCCCCCAAAAUGAUGCUCUACUUAACGGGACAAAGCCGGACCAUCUCUUAUCAUGGCUGUGCCUCCCAGCUCUUCUUUUACCAUGUCCUGGGAGGUACCGAGUGUUUCCUCUACACUGUGAUGGCCUAUGACCGCUUUGUGGCUAUUUGUCACCCAUUGAGAUACACAGUCAUCAUGAACUACAGGGUGUGUACUGGACUGACUUUGGGCACUUGGCUGGGUGGCUGUCUACAUGGAAGUAUCCUCACAUUUCUUGUCUUUAAAUUACCCUAUUGUGGCCCCAACGAGGUGGACAAUUUCUUCUGUGAUAUCCCAGUGGUACUGCCCCUGUCCUGUGCAGACACCACUCUAGCUCAGACAGUGACUUUCACCGAGGUGGACGUGGUGACUCUUACUUGCUUUUUCCUGAUCCUUACUUCCUACGGUCACAUUGUCCUUUCCAUACUGAAAAUCAGCUCUUCCGAAGGCAGGCGCCGAGCCUUUUCAACCUGUAGCGCUCACCUGAUUUCCAUCCUCUUGUUUUAUGGACCUGUGAUGCUCAUCUAUCUCAGACCUGCUUCCAGCCCAUGGCUCGACUCUGUCAUUCAGGUGUUGAAUAAUAUUGUCACGCCUUCUCUUAACCCUUUGAUUUACACGUUGAGAAACAAAGAUGUGAAAUGGGCUCUAAAGAGAGUAUUCACUCUGGUUGCCCACACUUCUGGGGUUUAG